CCCAAACGCUCUCACUCUCUCUUCCCCGGUCUUCUGUUCUCUGCAAAACCCUACUUCAACCCAUUCCAGUCAGACCUGCACAGGUCAGAACGAGAACCAUGUCGUCGAUGAUCGCUCGAUCUCGCGUUAGCUCAUUGCUGGCGAAGCACAAUCGGCGGUUCCUGAGUUCGGACGUUUCAAUCAACUCACACAAGGAGUCCAUCAUCGCGUCGCAGUCUCUCAUUUCCGAACAGGCGCCGCCACCGCCGCCGGAAGAGCCGGCUCCUCCUGCCCAGGGGAAGAGAUCGUGGAACUUUCUCAAGUACAGCCUAGUCGCCGCUUUCACUGGCGUUGCUGCCACCGCCGUUUACGCCACCUGCGCGUAUUCUGCGGAUGAAAUAGAUGACAAAACAAAGGCUUUUCGAGCAUCUGUCAGCAACACUGCGGCGGACACUGACUCUGCAGUAGAAAAAUUUCAAACUGCUCUCUAUUCUGCUGCCAUGACAGUACCUGCAAAAGCUAUUGAUCUGUAUCUGGAUUUGAGGAGGCAAAUUGAAGAACAAGUUCAAGGUUUUACUGAGCCAACCUCCGAUAAGCUCCUUCCUGAUUUGCAUCCAAUGGAGCAGCAUGUUUUUACGCUUGUUCUAGAUUUGAAUGAGACAUUAGUUUACUCUGAUUGGAAGCGUGAGAGAGGCUGGCGAACAUUCAAACGACCUGGAGUUGAUGCAUUCUUGGAGCAGCUUGCUAAAUAUUAUGAAAUUGUCAUCUACUCUGACCAGCUUAGUAUGUACGUUGAUCCUGUGGUUGAAAGGCUUGAUGGUAAGCAAUGUAUACGAUACAAGCUUAACAGGAGUGCGACCAAAUAUCAGGACGGAAAACAUUAUAGGGAUCUCUCCAAGCUCAAUAGGAAUCCUGGAAAGGUCAUAUACAUCAGUGGCCAUGCUUCAGAGUCAUGUCUUCAGCAGGAAAACUGUGUCCAGAUUAAGCCUUGGAAGCUUGAGGCAGAUGAUACAGCACUUCUAGAUCUUAUCCCGUUUCUCGAGUUUGUUGCGACUAGACCUCCACAGGAUAUUAGACCAGUGCUAGCAUCUUAUGAAGGAAAAGACAUUCCAAAAGAGUUCAUCAAACGUUCCCAGGAUUAUCAGAGGCGAAUGCAGGAACAGAGGCAGGGCAGGAGUUUGUGGCGACACUGAAGGAAUCCGUAGCUUAUGACUGUUGAAGGAAUCCAUAGGACAAUGUGGCUCCUAUCCUUGUUCAAUGAAAAAGAACAGUUUGAUCAGUAAAGUGGCGUCAUUUCAUUCAUAGAGAGCGAUUCUCAGCUCGAAAUUUUGGGAUAUGAAGCGUGUGUAAUUAUGAGUCUUGAUUGACUCGCCAAACUCGUAAUGUUUGGUUUCCAUUUGUUGAGCUGUUGGAUUAGUGCUGCAAUCUCUAGCCUCAAUUCUUUUACAGUGGCGAGUAAGCACAGUUUUGACUAUAAAUAACAUUAGGCACGAGUCUUUGUCGUGUCGAUACAUGAGAAUCUUCAGUUUCAUAGA